AGAAACACUGAUCUAACACACUACUGUACACCUCUCAGCUGACAACUCUAUUGUUACAAGGAUGCAGGCAGAGGAAUACAAUCGUAGAGGUAAAGAGAUGGUGGAUUACAUCACUAGGUACCUGACCACCAUCAGAGAGAGGAAGGUGACCCCAGGCCCAGAGGUGAAGCCUGGCUAUAUGAGAGAGCUGCUGCCAGACAGCGCCCCCACUGACCCGGAGGACUGGGACUGUAUCUUCAGGGACAUAGAGAAGGUCAUCAUGCCUGGGGUGGUCCACUGGCAGAGCCCCUACAUGCAUGCGUACUAUCCAGCCCUGACCUCCUGGCCCUCCAUGUUAGGAGACAUGUUGGCUGACGCCAUCAACAACAUCGGAUUCACCUGGGCCUCCAGCCCGGCGUGUACAGAGCUGGAGAUGAACGUGAUGGACUGGUUGUGUAAAGCUCUUGGUCUCCCCACCUUCUUCCUCCAUCACCACCCAGAAAGCACCGGGGGAGGAAUACUGCAGAGUACAGUGAGUGAGAGUAGUCUGGUAGCUCUGUUAGCUGCCAGGAAGCACAGGAUCCAACAGCUGAAGAGGACAGAUCCAGCAGACAGAGACCUGGACGACUCAGUGGUCAACUCCAGACUGGUGGCCUACGCAUCAGACCAGGCUCACUCCUCAGUGGAGAAGGCAGGUCUGAUCUCCCUGGUGAAGAUCAGGUUCCUCCCUCCAGACGACCACUUCUCCCUGAGAGGAGACACUCUGAAACAGGCCAUCCAGGAGGACAGGAGGAGAGGACUGGUACCUGUCAUGCUGUGUGCCACUCUGGGGACCACGGGGGUGUGUGCCUUCGAUGACCUGUCAGAGCUGGGACCAGUGUGUGCAGAGGAAGGUCUGUGGCUGCAUGUGGAUGCAGCGUACGCAGGCUCAGCGUUUCUCUGCCCUGAGCUGAGAGGACCUCUGGGGGGUAUAGAGUACGCUGACUCCUUCACAUUCAACCCCUCAAAAUGGAUGAUGGUCCACUUCGACUGCACUGCCUUCUGGGUGAAGGACAAGGUCAAGCUCCAACAAACCUUCAGUGUCGACCCUGUCUACCUCAGACACGAAAACUCAGACCAAGCCACCGACUUCAUGCAUUGGCAGAUCCCCCUGAGUCGACGGUUCCGCUCUCUGAAGCUGUGGUUUGUGAUGCGCUGCUUCGGUCUGAAGAACCUUCAGGGACACAUCAGACACGGUGUAGAGAUGGCUAAGCUACUGGAGUCCCUGGUUAGAUGUGACCCUAACUUUGACAUGCCUGCUGAUAGACACCUUGGCUUGGUGGUCUUCUGUCUCAAG